UGCCAAGUAGCUCAAACGUCAACCAAAAUAUUAAAAUGUCAGCUCCAAACUUGUGAAAAGUGCAAUCUGUUAUUUAACACAUUUUAAAAACUUGCAGUGAAUAAAACACACGAAAAAAUGUCUCGACAUCGAGAUGUUCGCAAUAUGGAUUAUUCCGAAGACUAUGAUGGUUAUGACGACGUUUACGGCCAUUCCGUCGACGAUGAUUACUAUAUUUCCCCAAGUAAUCGACAGUUUAUUUAUAAUCGAGAGAACUCACGAGAUCAACCAAAAAUUGGCGAGUUUAUUCGCACGGAACAAGACAUCCAAGAGGAAGACGAAUCAGAAACGGCGUCAGAUUUGUCAGAUUUAGAUAAGGCAAGGCUGGAGUCCUGCAUUGAGCAAAUUAAAGCCACUUUGGGCCCCUUGUGCAUUCCUCGAAACGAGUUAGUAAACAUAAUAAUUUCAAACAAUUACAACAUCGAACGAGCCACAAAUGCAGUACUGGACGACAGUAAGAACGUGCAGAGUGAACCGAAGGAAAAAGUGCCCAGCAUAAAAGUGGUGGCAUCGGGGGGUAAAACAACCACAAACGUCACAAAAGGUUUCGAUCUUAGCCAAAAUAAGGAUUCCAUUAAACUAAAUACCACUCCACGUUCACAAUCACCUGCUUCUGGUCGAGGAACACCGAUCAUAUCUCAGUCUGAAGGCACUUCGGAAGAAACGAAAAUUAUUAAAAGUAAAGAAAAUAAAAUUGAUGUUGAAACACAAUACAAAAAGGAGAGAGGCGAUUCGAAAGAACAUCUUUAUAUGGUGGUUAUUGGUCACGUGGAUGCUGGAAAAUCGACUUUGAUGGGGCACUUGCUGUAUGACCUAGGCCAGGUGAAUCAAAAAACAAUGCACAAAUAUGAACAAGAGAGCCGAAAGGUGGGCAAACAAAGCUUCAUGUAUGCGUGGGUUUUGGACGAAACUGGCGAGGAAAGAAACAGAGGUAUAACGAUGGACGUCGGCCGUUCCCAGUUCGAAACAAAAACAAAACAUGUCACAUUACUUGACGCCCCCGGCCACAAGGAUUUCAUCCCUAAUAUGAUAUCAGGGGCGGGCCAAGCCGACGUUGCUCUACUUGUAGUAGACGCCACCAGAGGUGAAUUCGAGACUGGAUUCGAUUUCGGUGGUCAAACGCGAGAGCAUGCACUUCUUGUUAGAUCACUAGGAGUCACUCAACUUGCUGUGGCCAUCAACAAAUUGGAUACGGUUUCGUGGUCCAAAGAACGAUUUGAUGAUAUCUCACAAAAAUUGAAAGUUUUUCUCAAACAAGCUGGGUUUAGGGAGGGUGAUGUCACGUUUGUUCCUUGUAGUGGGCUGACUGGGCAAAAUUUGGUCGACAAACCGACGGAAAACGAGCUUUUGACUUGGUACAACGGGCCUUGUUUAUUGGAAGUGAUCGAUAAUUUCCGUACUCCCGAACGCCCAGUCUCCAAACCGUUCCGCCUAUCCAUCAAUGACAUUUUCAAAGGGACUGGUUCUGGAUUUUGUGAAUCAGGUCGGGUUGAAACGGGCAGUUUGAAUGUAGGAGAGCGGGUCAUGGUGUGCCCAAGUCGCGAACUCUCAAUGGUCAAAUCGCUCUACAUCGAAGAUUUAUCACAAACGGUGGUUUUUGCCGGAGACCAAGCCACUGUUACUUUAUCCGGUAUUGAAAUGCAAAAUGUUUCCAUUGGAAACGUGCUCUGCGACCCUCAAAACCCCGUCCAAGUGUCGGCCAAGUUCCAGGCAAGGAUUGUUGUUUUCAACUUGACUAUUCCAAUAACUAAGGGAUUUUCGGUUAUUUUACAUCAUCAGUCUUUAGUCGAGCCGGCGGUGGUUAGUAAACUAAUCUCGCAGCUAAACAGAAGUACAGGGGAAGUGGUGAAGAAACAUCCGAGAUUUUUGAGUAAUAACACAAGCGCUAUUGUUGAGAUUCAAGUUUCGAGGCCCAUUGCGCUUGAACUGUACAGUGAUUGUAAGGAGCUGGGGAGGUUUAUGUUGAGCGGGGUUACGAUAGCUGCAGGACUCAUUACAAAAAUUAUAUUGUAGAGUAAGGAUGAAUAAAAGUCGAAAUUUUA